GAGAAAUACAAAUUGAUGAAAAAGAGGAACCAACGACCCCAAUUGGGAUACAUAUAUCUCGACAGUCAUCAACAAGAUCACAUGAAGAACAAGGAGAACAACAACAACAAAGACAAGCUCGUGGUAAACGAGUCAAUUUCCAAACUAUCGAUGAAGACGAACCAGUAAGACAACCUUUUCCGGCAAUGGCACCUCCUAGUGGUAGAGCUGUUUCACAUGUGUGGUCGUAUUUCACAAAAGAACCAACCGAGAAUUCAGAUAUUUUCUUAUGCACUUGUCAAAUUUGUGAAAGUCAAGGAGUAAAGCCCUUAGUUUCAUACAAUUUCACCAGAGGUGGUGGUACGGGAUCUUUUAACAAACAUUUGGCAAAAAAGCAUGGAAUCACAAAAGAAACUCAUGCAGCAAGCGGGAGCGGGACCACAAGUGGAAGCCGACAGACACAAUGGGACAUUCCCAGCACAGGUAGAAGAGUUUUGGACGAAAAGCGAUCUCGUCUUGCUCCACAUAGUAUUCAAAUAUGUGUUUGCAAGAAAGAUUGGGAUCAAGCGGAGAUUCGAACACAAGGACUAAGGAAUGAUGAUGAUCAAGACGACGAUGAUGAUCCAUGGAUGAUGAUGGAUACAUCUGCAUCAUCGUCAGGAGGAGAGUCAGCGGAAGCAUCUAAUCAACCACAUGAUGAUGACGAAGACGAAUAGGAUCCAUCCGACAAGCGACAACGAUAA